CUAUAUAUCUGAUCACUUGUAAGAUCUAUAAUCUAUAGUAUAACAGUUUUGCACGGCACUGGAUAUGGAAACAGUAAAUGCUACCCCUUCCUUGUCAUGAUAUGCUAGCUGCACCCAUACCCAGUGAUGUACAUGCAUGCCUGGUAUGACCUAGUUGUUGACUUCUCUGCCUGUGAGCAUGUCGUCGUGUUGGGAAUUUGUGUGAUUAGCUCAAAUUAGAAGAAGUUAACUUGUUAUCCAUUUUCAGUGCAGAAUGUAAUUGGACGCUGGGAAUAGAAAGUAGUGUACGGAUUAUCGAUAAUAAUACAGUGCAUAGAUCUUGUAACUCUGCAUGACCUCUGACUCAAGAGCUGGGCCUCAUUGACAUUGUUAAGAGCUGGGCCUCAUAGACAUUGUUAAGAGCUGGGCCUCAUAGACAUUGUUAAGAGCUGGGCCUCAUUGACAUUGUUAAGGGCUGGGCCUCAUUGACAUUGUUAAGGGCUGGGCCUCAUUGACAUUGUUAAGAGCUGGGCCUCAUUGACAUUGUUAUUUAUAGCCAUUGUUAUUAGCCUGCUACAUUCCAAUGGCAACUGCCUGAGGUUAUUGGUGGUCAGUCUGAGGUAACCACGCUAGCCUAGACCUGCAUGUCUUUCCUACUGGUGUCUAAUUACUUCCUACUGCACCUCUGAAUCAUUUGGUAUGUGUAUGUCUCUUGUUACACUGUGUCAGUAUGACAGUGUGCCGGUACCUAGCCAUUCUUGAGAGCAGCUAGUGUACAUUGUGUGCAGAGGUAUGCCUGAUGUAACCUGUUAGUUAGGUCUGGGUCAGUGAAUAGCUGGAAGGUUGGUAGAGGUAUGCCGGUGAAUAGCUGGAAGGUUGGUAGAAUUGUUAUGUCUUGUCAUUCUAUAUUACAUGCAUUAUUAACCACACUAGCUACCACACUAGCGACUGGUGCCAUGGUUACAUUUUCUACAUGACCUGUACAAACGCAUACACCCACUCUCUCUUACUAUAGAUUCUUGUAGAAAGCAUCAAUUUGUGCACAGACAAUUCAUAGUCCAUACAGUAAAGCAAAGGUCACUAUAUUCUAAAGGUCACUAUAAUUAUAUGCACGUCUAUCCUAGCUAGCUCCAGAGUCAUCACAGCCACACAAUAGCUAUAUCUGCUGACAGUGUGUGGCAGUCUUAAUGGUGACAGUACAUAAUGGGCUCAGGAAUGCUCUUAUAUUAGAGAUAAAGCCUUUUCACUGAGAUUACUGUUUAGUCUCAGCACACUCCACCUAGGCCCAUCCCAUGCAACUAUUAGCUAUUACUACUUCACCUAGUUUGUUUGAUGUCUCAGCUAACCUCUACCUUUAGUGUGCGCACACAAACACAGUACAUUUCUUUCGACUGCAGCUGUGCUGUGUAAAUAUAUUAUCGUUGUGGCAUUGACAUGUUUGUCUUGUGGUUCAUCUUGCGUACACAUUGCCUGACAACUUAGACAGUAAGCAUUUGCUAGUGUAAACUGUACCUAGUCGUAACACAAACUUGACUAAGUAUGUUGUUGCUAAGUGUAUUUAGUACUUUUUAAUUAUGUAUGCUGGUUUCCAUGGAGUUGGUUUGGCAUGCAAUCAAACCCACUGUGUCGUAUAAAAGCCGACACGCACACUCAACUGGCAGUCUAAAAUCAGAGUUCAUAUUUCACUGUCUUAUAUCUUUGCUAUUUAAAACUUCACUUUAAGGAUUAGAUUUCAGUGCUGCAAUAGCUAAUAGAGUAUCAAGGUAUUAAAGAGCUGUUAAAUAAACUUAUAUUGUCAGCUACAGUGAGAACUGCACUUGCAUCAAGUGUGAGAGUACUAGCAGUUAGCUAGCUGUCAUCAUCAUCAAGAGUGUGAGAGCUAGCUAUAAGGAUGGGCAACCUCCUGGAGAGCUGCACUACCAUUGCUGGACAGAGAAAGCGAUUGGACGCUGCAGCUCGCCACAAGAAAACUGACGAGUCUACUCCAAAAGACACAGUUGUUGAAAAGAAGUCAUGGGAAACUGAACAGAAGUCAUGUGAUCUGGCCGUGAACAAUGCCGUUACAGAGUCUAAAAAUGAAACAGCAAAGAAUGACACAAAGACUGGGCUAAUAGAGGCACCAAAUGAUGAAAUAAAGGACCAAGAUGAGAAGAAGAUAGAGCAAGUUAAAGCGACAAAUGAAACAGCAAAGAAUGACACAAAGACUGGGCUAAUAGAGGCACCAAAUGAUGAAAUAAAGGACCAAGAUGAGAAGAAGAUAGAGCAAGUUAAGGCGACAAAUGAAACAGCAAAGAAUGAUAUAAAGACUGGCAUAAUAGAGGCACCAAAUGAUGAAAUAAAGGAACAAGAUGACGAGAGGAUAGUAGAGCAAGUGGAGGUGACAAAUGACGAAAAUGAAACAGCAAAGAACGACACAAAAACUGGCCAAAUAAAGGCACCAAAUGAUGAAAUAAAGGAGCAAGAUGACGAGAGAAUAGUAGAGCAAGUGAAGGCGACAAAUGACGAAAAUGAAGUAUCCGAUGAUAUUAGUAACGGACUAUUAGUAGCGGAGCAAGACACAGAGUCACAUGAUGGCCAUGAGUCACUACCAGAGGUACAGGAACUGCUGCAAAAUGGAGUACAACUAGAGAACGAUGAAGUGGGUGUGGUUGAUGAUGAUGAGGUGUGUAAGAGGUGGAGCUUCCCCCCCGUCCUGGACCAGUUUGACCUCAUGGACACAGAGACGGACCCCACUGAACUAGAGGCCAUCUUCACCGAUGAAAGAAUGUGCGAGAUCUACCUUGAUGUAACUCAAGAUGGACCUCGUCUGGGAAUCAGUAUAGUCGGAGGUCAAGGUUCACCGAGUGGGGAUCUCCCUAUAGUAGUCAAGCGGAUAUUACCCGGGAGUUUGGCGGAACAAGAUGGCCGCCUCAAGAGCGGUGAUGAACUAGUAGCUAUGAACGAGAAGCUGCUUGUGGGCGUUGCUAAGGAUGUAGCUAUCAAUGCACUGAGCAAUCUUGAUGGGACAGUUAGACUGUUAGUGCUGCAAGAUGUCUAGCAUACUCUGUGGCUGUGUGUGUUUGUGUGUAUUUAUCAUCGGUUGAUUUGAUCCAUUCAGUUAUUACUGUAACACUGUGUCACAUGUUUAAAAUUUAUUAUCAAUUUAAGUUCAAGA